AUGAACAAAUUGUACAUAGGCAACUUACCAAUAGAAGCCGACGAAGCAGCAGUGCGACAGCUAUUUGCUGAACAAAAUCUGACCGUUGCUGAGAUUUCAGUAAAGAGAGGUGGUUACGCUUUCGUCGAUUUUCCUGAUCAAUCAGCUGCUGAUCGGGCCAUAGACAAACUACAUGGUUACUCAUAUUGUGGACUGCCUCUGAUUGUCGAGCCUUCGGUUGCUAAUAAGAAAAUGGUGAACGUAUCUAAUCUGCAGAGCGCGAGCACCACCCAACUGAAGGACACCAAUAAUGAGACUAUCCCUGGAGGUUGGAGGUAA